AUGCAGUUCAAAUCCCUCCUCACGGUAAUCCUCGCUUUGACGGUUGCUGUGCUCGCUGUACCAUACGAUGAUGGGACUGGUGGGACUAAUCCUCGGCCUACGGGAAGCGUGGAGCUCGAGGCUCGAGCGUCAAAUAUGGGAUAUCCCCUUAGAGUUGCUAUUUGGUCUAGUACAGAUAUCAACCUGUUCGAUAUGCUGCAGCCGCAUAAUACAGAAUAUCCUUGUUGUUGA